AUGGCUCCCUCCCAGAUUGAUGAGAGCAUCCGGCAGACCGCGAUUGUCGGUGACGCAUCCACCGUCAAGUCCGUCGCCACAGGUACCCCGUCCCGGUUCUCGAAUCUCCCCAUCCCACCCAUCGAGGAGCCGUUCAACCUCCAGGCCGAAUACCUCAGCGAUGCGCAUCCCGACAGGGUCAAUCUGGGUAUCGGGGUGUAUCGCACCGAGACAGGCGAGCCGUGGCCCCUGACCGUGGUCAAGGAAGCCGAGGCGCAGCUCUUUGCGGCAAAGAACGCUAACCGGCAUGAGUAUCUGCCCAUCCAGGGCGAUCUCGAGUUCCUAGCGCACGCGCGCGACCUCGUCUUCGGCUUCGGCAGCGCCUCCGAGCUGGAACGCCAGACCGCUGUCGCCGCCCAGGACCGCAUCUCCUCCAUCCAGACCAUCUCCGGCACCGGCGCCAACCGCCUCGGCGCCGAGUUCCUGGCCCGCCAUCUCAAGCCCGCAACCGUCUGGAUCCCCGACCCAACCUGGGCCAAUCACUUCACCAUCUGGGAGCUCACCGGCGUCGCCGUCCGCACAUACCCGUACUACGACCCGGACGGCAAGUGCUUCGACUACCCGCGCACCUCGCAGCUGCUCUCCGCCGAGGCGCAGCCCGGCGACGUCGUCCUCCUGCACGCCUGCGCGCACAACCCCACCGGCGCAGAUCCAACAAAGGACCACUGGCGCAAGCUCGCCGUCCUCUGCCAGCAGCGCAGCCUCAUCCCCUUCUUCGACCUCGCCUACCAGGGCUUCGCCUCCGGCAGCCUCGACGACGACGCCUGGCCCAUCCGCCACUUCCUGGCCUGCCGCCCGGAACUGGAAUUCUGCGUCGCCCAGUCCUUCUCCAAGAGCUUCGGCCUGUACGGCCAGCGCACCGGCGCUCUGCACGUCGUUACCCGCGCCCGCUCCCACGACCUCGCCCAGGUCAUCCUCGCGAACCUGUGCCACCUGGUGCGCGGGGAGUACUCGGUUCCGCCGCGCGGCGGGUCCGAGGUCGUGCGGACGGUCCUCGGCUCCGAGAAGCUGCGGCAGCAGUGGUUCGAUGAUCUGCGGCUCAUGAGCGGGCGCAUCAAGGAAAUGCGCCAGGCGUUGUAUGAUGAGUUGCUUCGUUUGGGGACGCCGGGGUCCUGGGAUCAUAUCCUUUCUCAGAUUGGCAUGUUCACAUACACCGGCCUGACCAAGAACCAAGUCCUCGCUAUCAGACAGCGACACCACGUCUAUAUGCUCAAAUCGGGGCGUAUCUCCAUGCCAGGCCUAAAUCCCGCGAACGUCAAGCAUGUCGCGCAGGCUAUCGAUGAUAUUGUCCGGACGGUUUCUUGA